UCACGCUGACUGCUUCUGUGAAGCGCGCGCAGCGGUGGCGACGGUGAAGGCGGCUUUUAUAAUGUCGUUGUUGCUGCUGCUGUUGGAAUAGAUUUCAUUAUCUCUGGUGUGGGUGGAAGUCAGGACGACGUACGCGGUGGUACUUUGUUGUUGUUGUGGUUGUUGUGGUGUAGGACGUAGUGUGUGAGUCAGGACAACAUUGGAUGCUGCUGUGACGUUCAGAUCAAAACUAUAAUUUACUGCUGCCUUUUUACGCGUUGGAAUUUCGUGGCAGUGGGGUGUGCCGUCUCAAGUUACAUCAAACCGUCGUACUUGAUUCACCCUAGUGUAUUCUUCCCACUGGAUACCCAGUCACAUGUUUGUCGAAGAUUUUGCAUGCACAGAUUGAUAAUCACAGGUUAUCUGAAAGCAGUAUCGACUUGUGUCUGUGAAUAUUCUGAAUACAUUACUCCAAAAUUGAACGAUAUAACCACAGUUCUACUCCCAAUACGACCGCAUAAUUUAAGAGAAUCAAAUACACACUCUACCUUUUAAUGCACAACUGCAUUUUACCAGUGGCAAUACAUCUUUUGUUCACGGAACGUUGAAGAGCGCUGGAAGACUGCGAAACGUCUGCUAUUAAUUAUUUCCCCAUUUCUUUACGUUGUCGUUUCAAGAACAGCAAAACAAAUCAAUUACCUGCCUGUCUGUGGAUUACACUGUACGCUGCCAGCAAGUUAUACUUCAUGUGCCUCGUCAGAUGUCUUGAGGGCUCUGAGAUGGUACCAAGAUAGCUACAGCGACACGUUUGUGACAGACGCUUUGUCCACUUCUCAUAAACCGGUAACGACCCCAUUUGCCAAGAUGGCGCCCAAAGCUGCCUCAGUUUGUCUUUUCUUCUCUCUGCUAGCGAUCCUGGUUCUGAGUGGCGAGAGUCAGAUAAUUCUGGAGGUGCAGGAAGAGCAGGGUCACAGACUGCUGCUGGGCAACAUCGGGUCACGUGCCAACAUCUCCAACAUCCCAGGACUCAGAUACUCACUGGUCAGCGAAAGAGAUCGUUUUGAAGUGGAUGAAACUUCUGGAGAUUUCUACACUCGUUCUGUACUGGAUCGAGAACAGCUGUGCGGGUCUGUCCCACGCUGUGUCGUCAGCACUUCCGUAGCGGCGUCAUCUGACAACUUCUUCCAGCGUUACAACGUGGAGGUGGUCGUCAUGGAUGCCAACGAUCAACGCCCCCGUUUUAGCCAGAGAAUGUUCUCGAAGCCUUUAUCCGAGUCUGCCGCCCCUAACAGCACGAUGAUCAGGCUCCCCGUGGCCGAGGACGCGGACUACGAACCGCUGUUCCGAGUGCAAGGCUACCACUUAGAGCCCAGAACGCAGAGGACUUUCGAUCUGGUGGUACAGAAGACAGACCGGCCUGACGGGAGCAGUGAUUUCGACGUUUCUCUGAGGCUUUUGCGAGGGCUGAACCGAGAGGUUACGAGCUCGUUCUCCUUAGUGCUGGUGGCUAAAGACGGGGACGGUCCUGAUCAGAGGGGCACACUACCCAUCGAAAUUGUCGUCGCCGACGAGAAUGAUAAUGAACCCGAAUUCACAGAAGAUCAUUACACAAAGAAAGUCAAAGAAAGCACUGCUGUCAACUCUACUGUUCUCACGGUUUCUGCGACUGACGCAGACAAGGGCGAGAAUGCUAGGGUGAGUUUUGAAUUCCCGAACGAUAUCGAUCGUACUGUCCGAAGCUACUUCGCGAUAGACCAAAGCAGCGGCGCUCUCAAACUUUUGAAAAGCUUGGUAAAAGAGGGCGGGUCAGUUUUCAGUUUCCGCGUGAAAGCCUAUGACCACGGUCUCCCGUCACUGUCGUCGGAGGUUGAGGUUCGAAUCGAUGUUGAGGACACGGUGAACGACCCUCCCAGCAUCUCCGUCAUCCCGCUGCGGCCGGCAGGUGGCGCUGAGGGCGGAGCUCUGGUUGCUGAGGACGCCUCGCUGGACACGAGAGUCGCCCUCGUCGACGUCACCGACUCGGAUUCGGGCGAAAACGGCCGGACUUCCUGCUCUGCGACGAGCGAGUAUUUUUCUCUCCAGGCCGACCCCAACACGCCAGGCGCCUACACUGUCUCUGUGUCGCGUCCGCUCAACCGGGAAAGCGACGCUAGUCUGAAAGUAGAGGUUUCGUGCACUGAUUAUGGGACCCCACCCCUUUUCAGCCGUGCGGAGCUGUCAGUCAUUGUAGAAGACGUGAACGACCACGAACCCGAGUUCAGUAGAACUAUCUACGAAAUGGAAGUUAAGGAGAAUCAGGAAAUUGGAGAACUGGUCGGCAGCGUAUUAGCCACAGAUCUCGACGAGGGCGUCAACGGAGAGCUCAGAUAUUCCCUGGAGCCAGGUAUAGCUGAGUUUGACGUGAACGAGCUGAAUGGGUUCAUCUACACCAGGGUGAAAAACUUGGACCGCGAAACGACGGACACGUACAGGUUUGAAAUCUACGCCUUUGACGUGAGUCCGCAGCCCUUGACAGCGACGGCGACGGUCGUGGUUCGAGUCCAGGACCUCAAUGACGUCUGGCCUAGGUUCGACAAUUCGUCUUACAAAUUCAGUGUCUCUGAGAGUCUGGAUCCCGGUGUGCAGAUUGGACGAGUCCUUGCUACCGAUAAGGAUUUGAACCAAGGCGGUGUGGUGCAGUACUUGCUUGUACAUUCUGUUCGGCACCCUGACCCGCCUUUUGCUGUCUCUGUCUCUGACGGAAGUAUCACCCUCACCAAGCCUCUAGACCGCGAGAUGGAAAGCCAGUAUAAUUUCGUUGUCACCGCUUUUGACCUCGGCAUACCGCCCAGAAACUCCUCUGUCGACGUCCAGAUUACAAUCCUAGACGAGAACGACAACGCGCCCGUGAUCGCUUUCCCCACCGCAGACAACCUAAGCGUGACCUUGAACCUGGACGUGACCCCGGGUCACGAGAUCAUCAAGGUCAUCGCGACAGACCAGGACGCUGGGGAGAACGGACGGCUGACGUUUUCUCUCAACUCUCACGGCAACGCGUCAGCCGCCUCGCGGCUCUUCUGGAUCAACGAGGACACCGGCCUGAUGACCUUGGCCGUACCCUUGACCCCUGAAGACGUGCGCGUCUACAACGUGGUCAUCAGCGUACACGACCACGGCGCUCACCAACAACGCGCCACGCGGGCGCUGCUCCAAGUGGAGGUCGUCCAAGCCCUCGAGCAUUCGCGGGAUUCCGACUCCAACAUCACCAUCGUCAUCAUCAUGGUCUGCUUCACGCUGGUCGUAGCAGUGGUCGUUCUCGUCACUUUGUGCUUUAUCAAGUACAUCGACAAAAAAAAGUUCGACGCAGACAGGAAGAACGAUCCGGGUAAGCAGAAACUUCAUCAGACAUCCGUGGCGUCGCCGGACUCGUACGAGCGCGCCGGAAGCGGAGAUGACGUAAUGGAAAAUGGGCUUAUCGUCAGCCCGUCUUUGCAGAAGCAGCCGCCAUCUUUUUCUUCCCAACAGCAAAGCUCAGCGCAUUAUCAACACCCGCAAUCCCCAAUGGGGAACGGAAAUGGUGGUGCUGGUGGUGGUGGAGGGGGAGGCUUCACCGGCGGUGUCGUCAGAAACGGCGGCAAAAAAUCAGUGACUUUUGAUAGUGAGGUUCGAACCUCAGACUCUUCCGUGCCGUCCGAAUGUCUGGGCGACGAUCACGUGGACAUGGCGUUCAGUACGUUCGGACACACACCCGAGACAUAUCAGCACUCUCCAGUGCCCGUCUCUUUAGACUCCAGCAGCGCCAUGCUCCUCCCUAACCCCGCCCCUUUUAGAACUGCUGGCGUGCUUCCGGUGCUAACCACUCCCACCACAGGGUUUGCUAAUGUGACAAACCCCGCCCAUUCCCGAGCGGGGAGUUCUUUGAGUCAGCAGCACGGUUUGACGAGUAGCGGCAUGAGAGCCAUGGAGGAAGUGGGCGGUCCGGACGAGGUGAUCGACGUGGCUCUGCAGAAACAUAACGCCCUCGUCAGGUCCAUGAGGGGCAACGGUCGGCGGCCGCAACACAGCUCAAGACAGGUAGGGGGCUUGCUUUGA